CUCGAGCCGGCGCUGAGUGCGUCGACGCUCGAGGCGGUGGCGUCGCUCGGCUUUGAGCGCGCCACGCCGGUCCAGGCCGCCGCCAUCCCGCGGCUGCUCCGCCACCAGGACGUCGCCGUGCAGGCGUGCACCGGCUCUGGCAAGACGCUCGCCUUUCUGCUCCCGCUGUACGAGCUCCUCGCGCGGCGCGAGACGCCGCUCACGCCCAAGCAGGUUGGCGCGCUCGUGAUCGAGCCGACGCGGGAGCUCGCCGCGCAGGUCCACGCCGUCGCGCUCCGCUUCGCCGAGCGGCGCGCCGCGAGUGCCGCCGCCGUCGGCGCAGCCGCCAUCGCCGCAAUCUUGCCGCCAGUUCUCGUGGUGGGCGGGACCGACCUCGCCGAGUCCAUCGCCUCGCUGGGCGCGGCGGGCGCGCACGUGCUCAUCGGCACGCCCGGCCGCCUCGAGGACGUGCUCGGCCGGACGGAGCGCAGCCUCUCUCUGCGCGAGCUCGAGCUGCUCGUGCUUGACGAGGCCCGAGAUCGCCCCUCCCUCGCCACCCCCUCGCGUGAGCAGGCGGACCGGCUCCUCGACAUGGGCUUCGAGGCCAAGCUGAACGCAAUCCUCUCCCGGCUGCCAAAGCAGCGCCGCACGGGCCUCUUCUCCGCCACGCAGACCGACGAGCUGCUCCAGCUCGCGCGCGCCGGCCUCCGCAACCCCGUCAAGGUCACCGUCAAGGUGGAGGCGGCGGCGUUCACCCUGACGCCGUCCUCGCUUCGCUCGUACGUCCUGGUGGUCGGCGAGGCGGAGCGGCUGCCGCAGCUCGUGAUGGUCUACUUCCUCACCUGCGCGUGCGUCGCCUUUUACUCUGCGACGCUGCCGCAGCUGCCGGCGCUGCGCGGCGCCUCCUUUGCGGCGCUGCACGGCAAAAUGUCGCCCAAGCCGCGGCGGCGCGCCUUUGACACCUUUGCGCAGCAGCAGCAGGGCGCGGUGCUGCUCUGCACUGACGUCGCGGCUCGAGGGCUCGACUUGCCGGACGUGGACUGGGUGGUGCAGUUCGACGCGCCGCAGGAGCCGAGCGCCGCUUGCGCGGGUAGUCCCGCCCUCGGACACGGCCGUGACCCGAACGCCUAUGUGCAUCGCGUCGGCCGCACCGCCCGGAUGGGCCGCUCGGGCGCGGCGCUGCUGCUGCUGCGGCCCGAGGAGGAGGCGUACGUCCACUUCCUCGCGGUGCGCAAGGCGCCGGUCGAGCCGCGCGAGCCCGAGCCCUCCGCGCCGCCCGUGGCGGAGGCGCUCACGCGGCUGGCCGUGGCGGACCGCGCCGUGAUGGAGCGCGGCGCCGCGGCGUACGUCUCCUUCCUCAAGGCGUACCAGGAGCACGUCUGCCGGUACGUCUUUGUGUUCGACAAGCUCGACCUCGGCGCGCUCGCCUCCGCGAUGGGCUUGCUGCGCCUGCCGCGCGUGCGCGAGCUCGGCAAGAAGCGCAAGCGCGGCAAGGGCUCGUGGGUCGAGUUCACGCCGGCCGCGCAGGUCGAUCUCGAGGCGGUGCGCUACAAGGACAAGCAGCGCGAGCGCCUCCGC